AUGAUCGAGCAAAUCAAACUAAUCACCUUCCAUGAUUCGAUAUCGACCACAGCCUCAACAGAAGAACAAUUGACGUCUGAAGAAAAUACUUUCUUAGAAUUUGAAAGCAUGGAACAUGAAUUUUCUCUUACUCUUCCUUUACUGUACCAAAUAUCUGCAAGACAAUCACUUGGAAACACACCCAUUUGUCAAUACUUCUCCCGUUUCAGUAUGGAUAGUGCACUGUGUAUGUUUGAAACUCAAGUUUACUUUGAGCGACUAGGUCCAAAAUCCAAGCAUGAUUCCAUACUUUCUAAUGAGAAGGAAAAAUUGAAAGUCCUUAAACAAUCAUUGUAUGAACAAAUGACUCGAAAUAUUGGAAAACCUGUUCCCCUUAGAUUCGAGAAGAAUAUUGAAAUUGUGACAGGAAUUGGAAAUGAGGCACUCCAUGUUGCAUUUUCAACACCCAUUGGCUCACCUAUUCAUCAAAAGAAUCUUGUUCAUGUUCACACGAGUUUUCUAUUAGAAAAUCCAUCUCCUCAUCAGUUAUUCAUGACAAAUACUACUACUCAACAGCAUCCAUCUCAUGAAACGAAGCAAGUUGAUGAAACAGAAAAGGAGAACAUGUUGUAUAUUGUGACCAUCAAAACAACGAUCAUGGAUGCAUUUUAUACUGAGUUCAUGCAACAACUUUUCGAAAAUAUUCAUCGAGAAUUUAAAUACAAGAAGAAUUGA